AUGAAGCGACUCGUCUCGGUGGAGUGGUCGCUCUUCUUCGGCUUUGUUCUGCUCACACUCACGAUCGUUGGCCUUCUGGGCAAUAUCGUUGUGAUUGCUGCGAUUGGCGGUGAUCGCAAAAUGCGACGAACUGCGAUGAACAUUUUAUUGUUCAAUUUGGCAAUUGCCGAUGCGUUGAAUCUGAUAACAACCACAGUCGAGUGGUCAAGCACUGUUUUGUUGGGGAGUCCCGAAUGGGUUUUACCACCACUGCUGUGCCCAGUUGCAAGAUAUCUGGAGAUAACAUUCCUGUUCGCUUCGAUUAUGACGCAAAUCAUCGUAUGUAUUGAGAGGUGCCGAUUGAAAAUAUAUCUCCACUGA